CUGGUCUUCCUCCUCCACCCUGCCACCCCCAGGUAAAGGACAAUGAAGAAGGCUUGAGGUUCAUGGAGAGUCUGAGCUACAGCUUCCGUGAUGUUCACCUGCGGUGGAUGGGGCCCUUCUACCCACUUCUGCGGUUCGUCCACCCCAAGUUUGUUGCCCCCCUGCUCCAGGCCCCAGCCACCAUCGUGCCCAAGGAUAAGUUUUUCUACAGCUUUCUGAGGCCCUGGCUGGGGGAUGGGCUCCUGCUGACUGCUGGUGACAAGUGGAGCCACCACCGUCGUUUGCUGACACCUGCCUUCCGCUUUGAAAUCUUGAAAUCCUAUGUGAAGAUUUUCAACAAAAGUGCAGACAUCAUGCAUGCCAAGUGGAAGCGCCUAGUCUCAGCGGGCAGCACCCGAUUGGACAUGUUUGAGCACAUCAGCCUCAUGACCCUGGACAGUCUGCAGAAAUGUGUCUUCAGUUUUGACAGCAAUUGCCAGGAGAGCCCCAGUGAAUAUAUUGCUGCCAUCUUGGAGCUCAGUGCCCUUGUGGUGAAACGGCAGAGGCAGAUCUUCCUGCACCCGGACUUGCUGUACUACCUCACCCCUGAUGGGCGGCGCUUCCGCAGGGCUUGUGACCUGGUGCACAACUUCACAGAUGCCAUCAUCCAGGAGAGGCGCUUCUCCCUCAUUACUGAGGGCUCCCAUGACUUCCUCAAGGCCAAAGCUAAGGCCAAGACUUUGGACUUCAUUGAUGUGCUCCUGCUGGCCAAGGAUGAAGAUGGGAAGGAACUGUCCCAUGAGGAUAUCCGAGCUGAAGCUGACACCUUCAUGUUUGGGGGCCAUGACACCACGGCCAGUGGUCUCUCCUGGGUCCUGUACAACCUUGCGAAGCACCCAGAGUAUCAGGAGCGCUGUCGGCAGGAGGUGCAAGAGCUCCUGAGGGACCGUGAGCCUAAAGAGAUUGAAUGGGACGACCUGGCCCAGUUGCCUUUCCUGACCAUGUGC